GGUCGUUCUCAAUUCCAAGUCUUCCCCUGCAGGCCUCUGCUUCCUCCCGGUUUCCUUGGCUUCUCUCCAUCUCCAUCCCUCACCACAGCUCUUAAACCAGCGGCAGCCGGCAGGCACCACCAGAGACUUCCGGCCAACCAAAGACCACCGAAAUGGAGCCGAGGAUGGAGGACUUCCGGCCAGACAACGCGGUCACCAGCCCGUACGCCACGGCGCCGUCCAGCCCGCGUGGGCGCCGUGUCCUCUCCGACGAGGGAGGGGCGGGAGGCGGGCCUUUUCUGACGGCGCCGUCGUCGCCGAACCCGUUCGACCUCCUGCCGCCGGCCGCCACCCCGCGCCUCACCGGCGCCAACCCGUUCGACCUCUUCCAGCACUUCACCAGCGCGCCCGCCAGCCCCCGCCGCGCCGCGGCCAUAUACGCGCACUUCGCCGAUGGCAACGGCAGCAGCGACGGUGGGCGCGACGGCGACGGCGACGAUGGCGACAGCGACGGUGACGAGGAGUUCCAGCCGCGCCGGUCGUAUGCCACGGGCGGCGGAUCGUCCGUGCCGUUCGACUGGGAGGAGAGGCCUGGGACGCCGAAGCGAGGGCUUGCCGGUGGCGUGGCCGCGAACGAGGCGGCGUGGGACACGGAAUUCGAGUUCGGCACGCACGUCGGCAGUGCCGCGCCGGCGGAGACGCUUACGGCGGCCGACGAGCUCUUCGAGAAGGGCAAGAUCAGGGCUUUGAAGCCGAAGCAGGCCAAGACGGCCGACGAGCCGAAGAUUCGUCCGCUGAAGCCGCCGCCCGGCCUGCUCGACGGUGGGAGCGUCGCGUCGUCGCCGCGGUCGCCGAUGGCCGGCAGAGGCGCCAUGUGGUCGCCGCGGCGGAGGAGCAGGGUCGGCUCCGGCGUGGACUUCGACCCGUUCGCCGCCGCGCUGCUGGAGGCAACCAAGGCGCCAUCGCCAUCCCCGCUCGGCGGCAAGGAUGACAGGGGCAGUGUCGCCCUCGCCGGAUCGCCGCCCAAGAAACCGGCCACGCGUACGGCGGCGAGGUCGAGGAGCGCCGGGUGGAGAAAGUGGCGGCUCAGCGACCUCCUCCUGUUCCGGAGCUCAUCCGACGGCGGCCGCGUCAACAAGCAGGAGCACCCCGACAUGAAGCCAGUGCAGCAGUUCAACGUGCCUGUCAAGAAGGCGAGCGCGCAGCCGGCGAUGAUGAUCAAAGCCAGCGCAAAGGGCGACGACAUGGGCAAGGAGUGGAAGCAGCAUGGCAACAGGAACGCGGCCGCGGCGGCGGACAGCGUCGCCGGGUGCGCUCGGCUGAGCCCGCUGCAGCGGCUGGCCAAAGGGCUCGGCGCGUACUCGUGGCACCACCACGGCAUGGCGCCGCCGGCAAACCAAGGGUGAAGAAUCAUAGCGGUUAUUUUGCAGUAUUUCUCUGCCCGGUUAUUGUUCAUAUACAAGUUCUUUUUUUUUGCAUAGUGUGAAACCAUAUACAAGUGCAAUAUGCAACCAAUACUGCUUUUGGUCUUGGUUUCUCACUUUGUGGAGCUUGACUGUAUUAUCAUCAUGUACAAUUUGCAUAACUAGCAAAAGUGGCCGUGGUAGGGCUUUGGAUUCUCGUAGAAACACUGCGGAUCCAGAUCAUGUCGAGAAACAUUUCGGACGAUGAAUCGGAAUUACUUUAUGAAA